AUGAGUUCACGAGAAUGCCCUUUGGACUUAAAAAUGCACCAUCAACUUUUCAAAGUUGAGCACGCUUUAAAUAAUACAGUACACAGGUCAAUAGGAGAACAUCCUAGUGUAAUGUUGUUCGGUAUAAACCAAAGAUCUUUACACAAUGAUCGUUAGAUAUUUAAAGAUGUUGAGGGAUUUUAACAGUCACGUUUACCAUACACCGGAGUUUAA